AUGGCAUCUGUAGAUGGGGGCGGUAUACGGGGACUGUCGUCGCUCUUGAUCUUGCGCGAGAUCAUGGAGAGGAUCAGGUAUCUAGAAGGUCUCCCGAAAGCCCCUCUUCCUAGCGAGUACUUCGACAUAAUUGGAGGCACGAGCACUGGCGGCAUCAUCGCCAUCAUGCUCGGCCGACUGGGCAUGUCAGUUGACGAGGCUAUCGACGCCUACCGUAAAUUGGCCGCAAAGGUCUUUUCAGAGACCAAGUCGCGCUUCAAGGAUGGAAAGUUCAAAGCCUCGAAUCUGGAAAGUGUGGCCAGGGAAAUCGUGCGGGAGCGAACGGGGAACCCAGAGGAGAAAAUGCUGGUACCUGAUGCUACGGUACCCAAAUGGAUCGUUUGCAACAGCUUUGUUUGCGCUAUGGCUGCGGCCAACAUGGAGGCCGGCGUUCCCACUCUCAUUCGUACCUAUCGAGCUCCAGACAAUUUUUUGCCGGACUGUACUAUCAUCCGAGCAGUCCGUGCUACAACAGCGGCUCCCACAUUCUUCAAGCCGGCCUACCUCGACGAAUCUGAAACGGCUGCAUACAUCGACGGCGGCAUGGGCUGCAACAAUCCCGUCGACUGGGUGCUCAUCGAAGCUGAAAACUUAUUCCCUGGUCGUAAGGUCGCGUCUAUUGUUAGCAUCGGCACAGGACACCCUGGAACAAUCUCAAUUCCAAAAGCCGGGCUCUUUCAGCGAGUGUUGCCGCUUGACGUCGUCAACGCCAUUCAGCGUAUCGCGACCGAUUGCGAACGAAAGGCAAACGAGAUUGAAAGGCGGUUCGUGAACAUAUCCGAUGUGUACUUUCGGUUCAGCGUAGAUCAGGGUCUUCAGGGCAUUGGUCUGGGAGACUGGGAGAGGUCGAAAGAUAUCGAGGGCGCAACGCAGCAAUACAUGCGUCUUGAGCGUGUUCACAAACCGCUCGGACGAGCCGUUGCAGUCAUACGAGAGCGCAAAGGGAUUAUUCCUGUAAACCAGAUUAGUACGGCACGCAUUCAUUCUUGA